AUGCUAGGCCACCAGUUUGCUUUUUCGGCGGCUCCCAUCCGCAAGGUGAAGGAGGUGCAGUUUGGCAUUCUCUCUCCCGAAGAGAUAAAAGCAUACUCCGUCGCGAAAAUCGAACAUCCUGAGGUGAUGGAUGAAACCACACACAAGCCCAAACAGGGUGGAUUGAUGGAUCCGCGGAUGGGCACCAUUGACCGCAAUUUUAAGUGUCAGACGUGCGGUGAGGGGAUGUCAGAGUGUCCAGGUCAUUUUGGCCAUAUCGAGUUGGCGAGGCCCGUAUUCCAUCCUGGUUUUAUUGUGAAAGUGAAAAAGAUACUGGAGUGUAUAUGCGUGAAUUGCGGGAGACUGAAAGCUGACAUUUCGGACCCCAAUUUUGCGGACAAAAUCCGUCAUGUGCGCGACCCUAAAGCUCGCAUGGCUGUUGUGUGGUCCCAUUGCAAAGGCAAGAUGAUUUGCGAGGCUGACGAGCCUAAAGAAGAGGGCGAAGCUGGGGAGGCGGACGAACCCAAGAAGGGGCACGGGGGAUGCGGUCAUCAGCAACCUUUAAUCCGCAAAGAGGGCCUGAAAUUGUACCUACAAUACAAGAAGUCCAAAGAUGAAGAUGAGCCCGAUAAGAGGCUCUUUCCUGCAUCCGAGGUGUACACGACCUUCAAGAAGAUGUCAGAUUCUGACUUGAAUCUGCUCGGGCUCUCGGACGAAUACGCCAGGCCGGAGUGGAUGAUUCUGACCGUCAUGCCUGUGCCGCCCCCGCCUGUACGGCCAAGUAUAGCCGUUGACGGUGGUACCAUGCGGAGCGAGGAUGAUUUAACUUACAAGUUGGGUGAAAUCAUCAAAGCGUCCGCCAAUGUCCGCAGGUGCGAGCAAGAAGGUGCUCCCGCCCAUGUCAUCACAGAGUUCGAGCAGCUAUUGCAGUUCCAUGUCGCGACAUACAUGGACAAUGACAUUGCUGGCAUUCCUCAAGCCUUGCAGAAGUCAGGUCGUCCUGUAAAGGCGAUUCGAGCACGGUUAAAGGGCAAAGAAGGCCGCCUGCGUGGCAACUUGAUGGGUAAACGUGUCGAUUUCUCUGCCCGUACGGUCAUUACUGGGGAUCCGAACCUUGAGUUGGACGAAGUCGGUGUACCACGAAGUAUAGCUAUGAAUCUGACCUAUCCUGAACGAGUCACGCCGUAUAACAUCGCCUACCUCCAGGAGUUGGUUCGUAAUGGUCCAACGGUGUAUCCCGGGGCCCGGUACGUUGUGAGAGACACAGGAGAGCGGAUCGAUCUUCGAUAUAACAAGCGUGCGGAUGCGUUCUUACAAUACGGAUGGAUUGUUGAACGGCAUCUGAAGGAUGGAGACUUCGUGCUCUUCAAUCGUCAGCCUAGUUUGCACAAGAUGAGUAUGAUGAGCCAUCGCGUGAAGUUGAUGCCGUAUUCCACUUUCCGUCUGAACCUCUCGGUAACUCCUCCGUAUAACGCCGACUUCGACGGGGACGAGAUGAACAUGCACAUACCCCAGAGUGAGGAGACUCGAGCAGAGCUUAGCCAAAUUGCGUGGGUGCCGCGACAAAUCAUCUCGCCCCAAGCCAACAAACCUGUCAUGGGGAUUGUCCAGGAUACACUCUGCGGUAUCCGCAAAUUCACCCUCCGAGAUACGUUUUUAGACUGGACGCAAGUCCAAAAUAUACUCCUGUGGGUUCCCGAGUGGGAUGGCACCGUCCCCACUCCAGCUAUUUUGAAGCCCAAGCCGCUAUGGACCGGGAAGCAAAUCCUCAGUAUGACAAUACCUCGUGGUACCAACAUGUACCGUUCGCCCGAUCCGAAGUCGUCGAAUCCCGUAUUCGAUGACGGUAUGAUGAUCGAAAACGGGGAGAUCAUCUUUGGCAUCGUGGACAAAAAGACUGUUGGCGCAACGUCCGGCGGUCUAGUUCAUGUGGUGUUCCGAGAGAAGGGCCCUACAGCGACUCGGCAGCUUUUCACCGGUCUGCAGAUGGUGGUCAAUUACUGGCUCUUCCACAAUGGUUUCAGUAUCGGUAUCGGCGACACGAUUGCAGAUAAGCAGACCAUGGCGAAUAUCACCCAGAAGAUAGCCGAGCGCAAAGCGAACGUCGCGAAAGUGAUUGACGACGCUACUCACGACCGACUGAAGGCGGCGCCGGGUAUGACCAUCCGCGAGUCCUUCGAGAGUCAAGUCGAGCGAGAGUUAAACUUGGCCCGCGACCAGUCGGGGCAGUACGCUCAGAAAAGUCUGAAGGAGGAUAACAAUGUUAAGCAGAUGGUGGUCGCCGGUUCGAAGGGUUCGUUCAUCAAUAUCUCCCAGAUGUCGGUAUGUGUGGGGCAGCAGAGUGUGGAGGGCCGGCGAAUCCCCUUCGGCUUCCGCCAUAGGACACUUCCUCACUUCACAAAGGAUGAUUAUAGUCCGGAGGCGCGUGGAUUCGUGGAGAAUUCGUACUUGAGGGGUCUGACCCCCCAAGAGUUCUUCUUCCACGCUAUGGCAGGACGGGAGGGUCUCAUUGAUACGGCUGUCAAGACUGCGGAGACGGGUUAUAUUCAACGGCGGCUGGUCAAGGCGCUCGAAGACGUGAUGGUAUGCUACGACGGAACGGUCAGGAACUCCUUGGGCGAUCUCAUCCAAUUCGUAUACGGCGAAGAUGGUAUGGAUGGUGCCUUUAUCGAACGACAGAAUAUCGAGACGUUCGCGCUGAACGAUCGAGUGUUUGAGCAUAAGUAUCGUGUUGAUGUAACCGACCCUCAAGGCGGUUUCCUGCCUGGGGUUCUUCAAGUUGGAAUCGAUGAUAGCUCCCUGGAGUUGCAGUCGAAGCUGGACGAGGAAUAUCGCCAACUAGUCGACGACCGCCGGCUGCUGAGGCACUUCAUUUUCCCUCGAACGGAUCCAGGCAACCCUCAUUAUCUCCCUGUGAAUCUCCACCGUAUCGUGCAGAAUGCUACGCAGAUUUUCCACAUUGACCGAAGGAAGCCGAGCGACUUGGAGCCCGCAUACAUUGUCGAUGCUGUCAAAGCGCUCAUCGAAAGGCUUGUCGUCGUCCGAGGCGACGAUCCUUUGAGCAAGGAAGCACAGAAAAAUGCAACCUUGACUUUCCGCAUGCACUUGCGCGCCACGUUCGCGACAAGACGUGUCUUGGAGGAGUUCCAUCUCACUAGGGAAGCUUUCGAUUGGGUACUGGGAGAGGUUGAGACGAAGUUCAAUCAAUCUAUCGUGCACCCGGGUGAGAUGUGCGGCACCUUAGCAGCUCAGUCCAUCGGAGAACCCGCAACACAGAUGACAUUGAACACCUUCCACUAUGCUGGUGUGUCCAGCAAGAACGUCACACUCGGUGUUCCUCGUCUCAAGGAGAUCAUCAAUGUUGCGACUAAUAUCAAGACGCCCUCUUUGACCGUCUAUCUGGAGCCCGAAAUCGCCGCGGAUAGGUACAAAGCGAAGAACGUACAACAAGAGCUUGCGUACACUUCCCUGCGUACGGUCACCGCUGCUGUUGAGAUUUGGUAUGAUCCAGAUCCCAGCUCGACCAUUAUCGAGGAGGACCGUGUUUUCGUGGAAUCUUUCUUCGCUAUCCCUGACGAGGAAAUCGAGUCCAAGUUGCAUUUGCAGUCGCCCUGGUUGCUGCGUCUCGAACUGGACCGAGCGAAGAUGAUCGAUCGUAAACUGACUAUGCCUUACGUUGCCGGGAGAAUAGCGGAGAGCUUCAAGACGGACCUCUUCGUUAUCUGGAGUGAAGACAACUCCGAUAAACUGAUCAUCCGCUGUCGUGUGCUUGGCGGCGCCGACAAGGACGAGGAUGGUUUGGGAACCAUCGAAGAAGAUAUAUUCCUCCGGCAGCUCGAGAACACGAUGCUGAACUCCGUCAGCUUGCGCGGCGUGAAAGACAUCGAACGCGUCUUCUUGCUGGAGCACGACAAGGUCGUCAUCAACGAGGAAGGCAGUAUCGAAGCAAAGCAAGAGAAGGAGUGGGUGCUUGAAACGGAUGGCGUCAAUCUGAAAACAGUCAUGUGCGUGGACGGGGUCGAUUUCCAGCGCACAUACUCCAAUAGUUGCGUCGAGAUCUUCAAUGUCUUGGGUAUCGAGGCCGCCCGUGCUGCUAUCAUGAAGGAAUUGCGCGGUGUCAUCGAAUUCGAUGGGUCGUAUGUCAACUACAGGCACUUGGCGCUACUCUGCGACCUCAUGACUCACCGUGGAACGCUCAUGGCUAUCACUCGUCACGGUAUAAACCGUGCAGAUACUGGUGCUCUGAUGCGCUGCUCCUUCGAAGAGACUGUGGAGAUCCUGAUGGAGGCAGCUGCGGUAGGGGAGAAGGAUGAUUGUCAUGGUAUUGCGGAGAACGUCAUGUUCGGGCAGAUGGCUCCUAUGGGCACAGGCGCUUUCGAUGUUGCGUUGGAUAUUGACAUGCUGAAGGAUGUCAUUGUCGAUCACCGCUUACCUGUGCAGAACAUGCUUGCCGCACAGGUCGAUGGAGGUAUGACACCAGGCCAAGUGGCGAUGACUCCGUACGACAGCAAUUCCCCAAUGUGGAACCACGAGGGUGCAUUCAAAGCGGAAUCUGCUGCGUUCUCGCCGCUCGCUGUCAAUAGCGGUGAGGACGCCGCUAAUUUCUCUUACCUUGGUUUCGGCCAGAGUCCUAUCGGCGCCGGAGGGAUGUCGCCCGGUGGUCCUGGCGGAUACAGCCCCAGUUCGCCAAGCAUGUACUCUCCUACGUCUCCCUAUGUUCCUCCGUCUCCUUUCGGAGGAGCCACCUCGCCGUUCGCUACAUCGCCGUAUGCGACCUCGCCGUUCUACGAUCGCGGACGUGGGCCUACCUCCCCCACGUAUUCUCCUACCUCGCCGGCUCUCAAUCUUACUUCGCCGGGGUACUCGCCUACAAGUCCGCGAUACUCGCCAACUUCUCCUUCGUUUUCUCCUACCUCUCCGCGGUACAGUCCGCAAUCCCCAUCGUUCAGUCCGACUUCGCCACGCUACUCCCCUACCAGCCCGUCAUUCAGCCCCGCUUCUCCGAGAUGUACGUGUUUAGUGUCUCUUGCCAUGUUGACUGCUUGA